GUACUUUACUGAUCGUUCCUGUCAGCGUGGGAAAAAAACCAAUUUCUCUCUGAAAAACUUGUAUCUUCUCUACUUACAAGUAACACUGGUGGGAUGGAUUACAGAGUCCCUGGGGCAGUUAGCAAUGGAGAGACAAUACCUGCUCAUCCAGGCAUGGAAAAGCAGAAGGAAGAAGAGAAGAAUCAAACACUGGAACGAGGCCAUUGGAACAACAAGCUGGAAUAUGUGCUAUCGGUGGCUGGGGAGAUUAUUGGCCUUGGUAAUGUCUGGAGGUUCCCUUACCUCUGUUACAAGAAUGGUGGAGGUGCUUUCUUUAUCCCCUAUCUCAUCUUCCUCUUCACCUGUGGUAUCCCAGUGUUCUUCCUGGAGACAGCUCUAGGGCAGUACACCAGCCAGGGAGGGGUCACCGCCUGGCGGAAGCUCUGCCCUCUUUUUGAAGGAAUUGGUUAUGCUUCCCAGGUGAUCGUCGUCCUCCUGAAUUUCUAUUACAUUAUCGUCCUGGCCUGGGCCUUGUUUUACCUCUUCAGUUCGUUCACCAUAGACCUUCCCUGGGGCAGCUGUGACCAUGAAUGGAACACAGAGAAUUGCGUGGAAUUCCAGAAGGCAAACUCCUCUCUAAAUGUGACGACUGAAAAUGCCACCUCCCCUGUCAUCGAGUUCUGGGAGAGGAGAGUGUUGAAGAUUUCUGCUGGUAUGCAGCACCUGGGGAGCCUGCGCUGGGAGCUGGCUCUUUGCCUCCUGCUCGCCUGGGUCAUCUGCUACUUCUGUAUUUGGAAAGGAGUCAAGUCCACAGGCAAGGUGGUGUAUUUCACUGCCACAUUCCCAUACCUCAUGCUGGUAGUUCUGCUGAUCAGGGGAAUCUCUCUGCCGGGGGCGAUGCAGGGAGUCCUGUUCUACCUUUACCCAGACCUCACUCGUCUCAUGGACCCUCAGGUGUGGAUGGACGCAGGCACGCAGAUCUUCUUCUCUUACGCCAUUUGCCUGGGGUGCCUGACAGCCUUGGGUAGCUACAACAAGUACCACAACAACUGUUACAGGGACUGCAUUGCGCUGUGUUUUUUGAACAGUGGUACAAGUUUUGUGGCUGGCUUUGCAAUCUUUUCCAUCUUGGGCUUCAUGGCGCAGGAACAAGGUGUGCCUAUUUCUGAAGUAGCAGAGUCAGGGCCUGGCCUGGCAUUUAUUGCAUACCCUCGAGCUGUCGUCAUGCUGCCUUUCUCCCCACUCUGGGCCUGCUGCUUCUUUCUGAUGGUGGUUCUGCUGGGACUGGAUAGCCAGUUCGUCUGUGUGGAGAGCCUGGUGACAGCUGUUAUCGACAUGUACCCCACCAUCUUCCGGAAGCAAAACCGCCGUGAGAUCCUCAUCUUGCUUGUCUCCAUUCUCUCCUACCUUGUAGGACUGGUCAUGCUCACAGAGGGUGGGAUGUACAUCUUCCAGCUCUUCGAUUACUACGCUGCCAGUGGCAUGUGCCUGCUCUUCGUUGCCAUCUUUGAGACGCUUUGUAUUGGCUGGGUGUAUGGUGCUGAUCAUUUCUAUGAUAACAUUGAAGACAUGAUUGGUUACAGGCCAGGGCCUAUUGCCAAAUACUGCUGGCUCUUCAUCACGCCAGCUGUCUGCAUGGCGACCUUCCUGUUUUCUCUGAUUAAAUAUACCCCUCUGACCUACAACAAGAAGUAUGUGUACCCCUGGUGGGGAGACACCCUGGGCUGGCUGCUGGCUCUCUCGUCUAUGGUCUGCAUCCCUCUCUGGAUUGUCUACAAACUCUCCAUGAUCAAGGGUUCCCUGAGAGAGAGAUUCCGCCAGUUGGUCUGCCCAGAUGAGGACUUACCUUUCAGUCUGGGCACGAGGCAGCCCCUUCCUUCCACCAGACCCGGCCUCCUGAUGCUGACAGAGCUAGAGUCCCAUUGUUAGGGCCACUCUGGCUCCCUGGAUUGUUUCAUACACUCCUUCCAGCUGUCAGAUGACUCAAGGAUUCUCCACUUGCUGAGGGGAGCAGGACUUGUGAGCUGAUUUCUCUUCCGCUGGAGGAUUUGAUGGGCUCAGCAGGGGCUGCCAUAGAAGGGUCUCCAGAAACAGUGUGGAGUCAGUGAUGCACCUUAUUUGUCUCCUGGGGAGCACACACAGGAGCUGAUUCAAACAGCUGAGAGUCCCCAAUGCUGCAGUGGGUGGGACAGGAGAGACUCAGCCCUGGAGUGGAGGGUCACAGAAGCUCUUCUCCGACAUGGACUUUGAGGACCUCUCCAUUCAUUCCAUUAAAUCCUUCAUCUUAUCACUUC